GAAGCAGGGCUGCUGCGCGACGAGGUGGCCCAGCUCCAGGAGGAGGUUCACCUGCUCCGGCAAAUGAAGGAAAUGCUGACGAAAGACCUGGAGGAGACGCACGGCGGCAAGUCCACCGAGGUCCUCUCGGCCACCGAGCUCAAGGUGCAGCUGGCACAGAAGGAGCAGGAGCUGGCGCGAGCCAAGGAGGCCCUGCAAGCCAUGAAGGCCGACCGCAAGCGCUUGAAGGCCGAGAAGACGGACCUGGUGAGCCAGAUGCAGCAGCUGUACGCCACGCUGGAGAGCCGCGAGGAGCAGCUCCGCGACUUCAUCCGCAACUACGAGCAGCACCGGAAAGAGAGCGAGGACGCGGUGAAAGCCCUGGCGAAGGAGAAGGACAAGCUGGAGCGGGAGAAGUGGGAGCUGCCGCUCACGGCCGCCAUCCGGCAGAGCCAGCAGACCCUCUACCACUCGCACCCCCAGCACUCGGCAGACCGGCAAGCUGUCAGAGUGAGCCCCUGUCAUUCGCGGCAGCCCUCCAUCAUCUCCGACGCGUCCGCCGCCGAAGGCGACAGGUCGUCGACGCCGAGCGACAUCAACUCGCCCCGGCAUCGAACGCAUUCGCUCUGCAACGGGGAUAGUCCUGGACCGGUACAGAAGAACUUGCACAACCCAAUCGUACAGUCUCUAGAGGACCUCGAAGACCAAAAACGAAAAAAGAAGAAAGAGAAGAUGGGAUUCGGCUCCAUCUCCAGGGUAUUCGCCCGAGGGAAGCAGCGGAAAUCGCUAGACCCGGGCCUCUUUGACGGUACAGCCCCCGACUAUUACAUAGAGGAAGACGCGGACUGGUGACCCCCUUCCCGGCCGGCAGCCCGCCUCCCGCUGCCGGCGCGCGUGUGUGUCCGAGUGUCUGUGUGCGCGGAUGUGUCCAGCCCGGAAAGCAACGUGAGCCCGUUGGUCUGCGUCGCCGCCCCCAGCCGAUGUACAUACUACGCACCAAGCCCCGUGUGGAUAUGUUAACUGUUGUCGUUGGAGCGAUGCGGUUGUGUUGUAAUUCUCUCACUUCCGUAGGGUUUUUGCUUUUGUUUUGUUUUUUUUUGGUUUGGUUUUGUUCCGGUAACUCUCUCUCUCCUUUGUUGUUGCUUCGAUUUGUCGUUUCGGAGUUUUGAUUUUGAUUUUUUUCUUUUUUCUUUUUUUUUUUAAAUUUCCUCCUCCUUUUUACGAAACUUGAAACUUGAAGGACUGCUGUGUACUUGUAAAUAACAGAAAUAUUGUGCACUUUGUGCUUGUGACGUCUCUUGUCCAAAACGCUGUUUUCUGGAGCCCAUCCUGGCGGUGCAUUCUGAAUGCGGCGUGUUCUCGGGGUCGGCUCUCGGCGAGGACGGGACCCCGUUCGCAGGGUGCACCCGACUUACCUAGGCAA